AUUCAGCUCGGAGCUGUCCUUCACCCGAGCUGCUAAAAGAAGUGCAACAGACUUUACGGAGACUGCAAAGUCUACCCCUGAAGGAUUCUUAUGAUGCCUAUGGACUUGUUGCGCACUGAACUAACGGAACUACGCGAUUGAGGGUUACUCUUUCCACAGGAUUUAUGUAUAUAUUAUUCUUAUUCUUGUUGCAACAAUGGGAUUAUUUAAAAUGGAACUGAAAAGGAUUACUGGAAGUGUAAUUUCCUGUGGAACUGCUUGAGGACUACGGUUUGCACAAGUAAUACAGCAAGGCAGGCGUUACAACUAUUUCUACAGUCUGUCAAUCAGAGUCUGAUGCCUUGGACUGGGACGUGGUGAGUCAGCAUGGAGACAAUCAGCACCCAGCAACCCUACCCUGGCCCACACAGGCUGUCAAUCAGCAAUCAGCAACCCUACCCUGCCUCACACAGGCUGUCAAUGAGCACCCAGCAACCCUACCCUGCCCCACACAGGCUGUCAAUCAGCACCCAGCAACCCUACCCUGGCCCACACAGGCUGUCAAUCAGGACCAAUGAGGACGAGGCUGACUGCAUUGAGAACGGCAACAGCAGGGAUCAGUCACUGUGCGAAGACACUUGCUCUGAGCUGCAGAGAGCCGUCUCCAUGGAGAUCAGAGAGCUGGCAGAAUCCCGCAGGAGUUCAUUCACAGGCAGGGGAGCCAUGGCCAGGAUGUCUCGAUUUCUCCUUUCAAUAAGAAACUGGGCGAGGAGACGACUGCACCACGAAGAGCAGAGACCAGACUCCUUUCUGGAGCGUUUCCGUGGCCCGGAGCUGAAGGAGGCUUCCAGCAGAGAGAGCAACACCCAGUCAGCCCUGGGCCAGCAGGGCAGAGUGAGCAGGCGAAAAAAAGAAGUGUUUGUUAUCGACCCUGCGAGCAAUCUAUACUACAGGUGGCUGUCCAUUAUUGCAGCUCCUGUCAUGUACAACUGGUGUCUGCUGGUGUGCAGGGCAUGUUUUGAUGAACUUCAAAUUGACUACCUGGUUUUGUGGGGUGUUUUAGAUUACUCCUCAGAUUGUGUCUACCUCAUUGACACUUUUGUGAGAUUUAGGACAGGUUUCCUCAAACAAGGAUUGCUUGUCAAGGAUUCAAAGGAGUUACGGGAGAAUUACAUGAAGACUUUGCAGUUCAAAUUUGAUGCACUCUCACUUGUGCCGACGGACUUAAUCAGCAUUAAAAUUGGGUUCAACUGGCCUGAGCUGAGGUUUAACAGGCUCUUCCGAUUCGCGCGCAUGUUUGAGUUUUUUGACCGCACCGAAACAAGAACCAAUUACCCCAACAUCUUUCGAAUUGGCAACCUUGUCCUGUACAUUCUGAUUAUUAUCCACUGGAAUGCAUGCAUAUACUUUGCCAUUUCCAAAGCCAUAGGGUUUGGGACAGAUACCUGGGUGUACCCCAACAUAAGCCACCCUGAAUACGGUCGACUAGCCAGGAAGUACAUCUACAGCCUGUACUGGUCCACACUGACGCUGACCACAAUCGGGGAGACCCCUCCCCCAGUGAAGGACGUGGAGUACCUCUUUGUGGUGUUUGACUUCCUGAUCGGAGUGCUGAUCUUCGCUACCAUCGUCGGUAACGUGGGUGCCAUGAUUUCCAACAUGAACGCCUCCAGAGCGGAAUUCCAGGCCAAGAUAGAUUCCAUUAAGCAAUACAUGCAUUUCCGUAAAGUCACCAAAGACCUGGAGGCCCGAAUCAUCAAGUGGUUCGACUAUCUCUGGACCAACAAGAAAACGGUGGAUGAAAAGGAGGUCCUGAAGAACUUGCCUGACAAGCUGAAAGCAGAGAUCGCCAUCAAUGUCCACCUGGACACGCUGAAGAAAGUGCGCAUCUUCCAGGACUGCGAAGCAGGGCUGCUGAUAGAGCUGGUGCUGAAGCUAAGGCCACAGGUGUUUAGCCCUGGAGACUAUAUCUGUCGCAAAGGGGACAUUGGCAGAGAAAUGUACAUCAUCAAAGAGGGAAAGCUGGCCGUCGUAGCGGACGACGGCAUCACCCAGUUUGUAGUUUUGAGCGACGGGAGUUACUUUGGAGAAAUCAGCAUCUUGAACAUCAAGGGGAGUAAGUCCGGGAACAGAAGGACUGCAAACAUUAGAAGCAUAGGCUACUCUGAUCUCUUCUGCUUAUCCAAGGAUGACCUCAUGGAAGCCCUGACUGAGUAUCCGGAGGCCAAGAAGGCGCUGGAGGAGAAAGGGAAAGCCAUUUUAAUGAAGGACGGCUUGAUAGACGAGGAGGUGGCCAAACAGGGAGACGACCCGCAAAACAUGCAAGAAAAAGUGCACCAGUUGGAAACUAUUCUGGACCUCAUGCAAACGAAAUUCGCCAGACUGAUGGCAGAGUUUACCUCGAGCCAGCAAAAGCUCAAACAGAGACUCACAACAGUGGAGUCCAAAGUGAAGAAGUACGGGAGCGCAAGCUUCUCAGAGGAUCUGGAAACAGACAAUGAAGCUGCAAAAGAAGAGGCCAAAAAGGACAAAUAACAUGCACUACUCUGAGCAUUUCUGAUUAUCUUGGACUAGACCAGCUAAUGGUACUUGUUUUUUUGUGAGACACCAAACAGGGAAAAAAUAUAUAGUUUGAUACUUUAACUUCUAUUUUCAUUUAACAUACAAUAUAAAGUUAUGCUUUUUUUUCCUCUGAAAACAGUUUUCCAUUAGAACAAAAGCCCCUUUUUACUUGCCGAUCUCAAGCUGUUCACAUAGUGUAGCGCAGUUCCUGCAGGAGAAAACUCUUCAUUACACAAGUCUUUUCAAUUACAUGAACAGCUCUUUCUGGGAAACACGGAAUGCAAAUACAAUGCCUGCAUUGGGAGUGUGACAGAUUCCCACUUGAAAGGGAGGAAUUGUAUUUAUUACUGAAUAAUAUAUGCACUCUUAUUUAAGGAGAUAACAGUAUUUGAGAGCGAGUGAAUGAGGAACACACUUGAAUCUGGAGGGCCCACAGGUGUGCAUACAGUAAUCACGAAUAGUCUAGUUGUAUGUUUCUCUAUGACGGGCAUUAGCAAUCGAGCGUUAUCCUCGAUUAAAAACCCAUCAGUGCUGAGCAUGCUUUCUUAAAUGACUAUAUUCAUGUACUGCAAGUAAAGCAUAUGGAAAUACUGAGAGAAAUGCAUUAGUGUACAAUUCUAGUUGAACACGUUACCACUAUUACAAUAAGCAAACGUAAUACCGAUCCACAAAAAGGGA